AUGGUUAAUGGUCGGUGCGCUGCUUGCAAGUAUCUGAGAAGGAGAUGUCCUUCAGAUUGCGUAUUCGCUCCCUAUUUUCCCUCCAACAAUCCUCAAAGAUUUGAUUCUGUUCAUAGAAUCUAUGGUGCCAGCAAUGUUGCCAAAAUGCUCGAGCCACUGUCACCAUAUUUUCGAGCUCAAGCCGCCGAGACUUUAUGUUAUGAGGCUGAAAGUAGAAUACAAGAUCCUGUGUAUGGCUGCGCUGCGAUUAUUUUCCAAUUACAGCAGCAAAUAUAUAACACAGAAUCUGAAUUAGCCAAAACACGUGCUGAGAUUGCAGUUAUUAGAUCUAAUGGAAAAGGAAAAGAACCAGAGGUUCAGCCAAGUACCGAUCAAGUUCAUGAUGGUAAGCUGUUUCUGUACGUUGAAUUAUACAAAAACUGGCUGCUAAAAUGA